UGUUCCACGUUGACGAAUUGACGACUACCGAUUCGACCUUCCACGUAGCACGCCAGUAGUGCUGGUUACACCGGUGCUCGUUAUAGUAACUAUCACGUUAUGCCGAGGUAUUGCAUUGUCAGAUCAGUGGUAUCGUAGUGAGUGGAUGUAAGAUCAAAUAAUUCGGUGUUCUUUACAAAGAGAGUGUCUGCCGAACAGCGAAUUAAAAUGAAAAAAUUUAGCAUUUUUUUAGUCUUUAUUGUUUCGGCGCUUGCACUCGUAGCCAACGGAGGAUAUAGUGUCUAUGCUCAAGAAGAUGAGAAUAUUGAUGAUAUUGUUGAUGUGGAAGGUGAAGAAGGUACUAUAAUAACUGAUGAAGAAGUAGAAGAAGAUACAAGUAAUGCUUCAGCUGAUGCGGAUACAACAAUACUUUUUACAAAACCUAUUCACAAUGCACUAUCUACUCUUGAGUUGCCAGCUGGAAACAUAGUAGAAUUUCUCGUGGGUUUUACCAAUAAGGGUGAAAGUGAUUUUGUUUUGGAAUCACUAGACGCUUCUUUCCGAUAUGCGAUGGACUUUAAUUUUUACAUCCAAAAUUUCUCGACAUUCACAUUCAACAAGGUUGUAAAAUCCAAGCACGAAGCUACCUUAGCUUAUUCCUUUAUACCAUCUGAAAGUUUUGCUGGAAGGCCAUUUGGUUUGAAUGUUAACCUGAAUUAUAGAGAUGUGAAUGGAGUUUCUUACAAUGAAGCUGUCUUUAAUGAAACUGUACAAAUUAUAGAGAUUGAUGAUGGUCUCGAUGGAGAAACCAUUUUCCUUUACGUAUUUCUUAUAGCAUGCGUUAUAUUGACGCUCGUAGGAGGUCAACAACUGUUAUCAUCUCUGGGACGCAAGUCGCGCUCUUCUAUUACUCGUAAAGCGCCGGUAGAAAUGGGCACAUCUAAUCCUAAUAAUGUAGAUUACGAUUGGCUGCCAAAGGAAACACUUAACAGAAUCAAUAAAUCUCCAAGAACUCCAAAGCAAAGUCCGAGACAAAGAAAAACAAAGCGGACAGCUGGUUCUGAUGACUGAACUAUAUAAUUAUAUUUAUGUAUGUACAUUAUUUAAAAAAAUUUAUAUAAGGAAAAUAUGCAUUAUACAACAACUGCAAUAAUUUUAAAAUAAUUAAGAAUUCUAUAUCUGAAACAAAUUAUGUGAACAAAAAAUAGUUUCAGUGAGUAAUGUAUAUUAUAUGUUUCCAAUAUGUUUUUUUUAAUAAUCUCUCGAGAUAACAUUAUAAAAGAAGUUAUAUGACGAUACAAAAAUAUAUAUUCAUUCCUGUAAUAUAAACAUAGAUUCAAGAUCAAAGAAAAAGAAACAAGAGUAUAAUGGUACACAAUUUUCUUUUUGCACAAAAUCCAUAUAAAAAUCCAUAUAAAGUUAUAUUGUACUUAGCAUAAUAAGCUUGGGGUUUAUUCCAAGAUUGAUUGUUCUCCUUUGUGUUUUCUUUUUUUUUAUACAAUCUGCGUUAUGAUUAAUAAUAUGAAUGCGUGCGUGCGAGCGUAAUACAAAAUUGUGAUUCUGUAUGAUUGCACUAUUAUGCGAGCAUAUUUAAUUAAACAAUUUUGUACAAAUAA